CGUGGCAUCGAGUGCAAUAGUAAACACACAACAACAAACAACGUGGAAUUUGCAAUUAUCCGGCGUAUUGAUUAAGUAUACUAACAGAUGUCAGCUCUCAAGAACCAGGAAUACGACUGCACUGCCAAGUGUCGUCAGCGCCAGCAUGGUAACAUCCUAACAGCAGCGCUCACAAAGCGCUCCAUUGACGAUGGCAAUCUGGCGGCGUUUGUGGCCAAGACCUGUGCCAAUUUUUCGAAUAUACGGGACUAUCUAGGACGCUCCGCAGUGCAUAUGAGUGCUUCAGUGGGUCGCUAUAGAAUAUUAGAGUGGCUGCUAAAUCAAGGCGCCUACAUUAAUGAACGUGACUUUGAGUCCGGCAGCAGUCCGCUGCACCGGGCGUUAUACUACGGAUGCAUUGAUUGUGCAGUGUUGUUGUUGCGCUACGGCGCCAGCUUGGAACUGCUAGACGAGGACACCAGAUGUCCAUUGCAGGCCAUUUGCCGCAAGUGUGAUAUUGAUAUGAAUACAGAUUCGCAAAACGAAAUACUGGUUUGGGGAUCAAAUAAGAACUAUAACUUAGGCAUAGGCAAUGAGCAGCUAACACAAGCACCGCAGGCGGUGGACUUUUUUCGCAAAUCAAACAUUUGGAUUGAACAUGUGGCGCUGGGCGCUUUCCACAGUCUAUUUUGUGACAAAAAAGGACAUCUAUAUGCAGUGGGCCAUGGCAAGGGUGGACGGCUGGGCAUAGGCGUGGAGAACAGUCUGCCUGCACCGCAGCGCGUCAAGGUGCCGCUGAAGCACAGCGAUGAGCGCAUCAUCUGCAUAAGCGUCUCCCGACAGCACUCACUGUUACUCACCAAUCGUUCGCUGGUAUUUGCUUGCGGUGUCAACGCGGAUCAUCAGCUGGGCGUGCGUGAUGCCGGUGAGCAGUUGACAACAUUCAAAGAGGUGGUGGCACUGCGCGAUAAGUCCGCCCAGAAUUUGCUGCGUGUUUUGGCCUGCGAUCAGCACUCCAUUGCAUAUAGCAGCAAGUGUGUUUAUGUCUGGGGCGCAAAUCAAGGACAAUUUGGCAUAAGUGCCAAUACCACAACAAUUCCAGCGCCCAUAAUGAUGAAGCUGCCAGACAAGUGCACCAUACGCUUUGUAGAGUCUAACAAUGCUGCCACAGUGGUUUACACAGAAGAUAUGCUCAUCUUCUUGUUCUAUGCAUACAAGACUCGCGUCAUCAAGACACCCUGCUACGAGGAUCUCAAGAGCAUUGCCGUCAUAGGCGGCAAUAUAAAGAACUCCACCAAAGGCUCUGCAGCUGCACUGAAGCUGAUGAUGCUAACAGAAACAAAUGUGGUUUUCUUAUGGUAUGAAAACACGCAGCAGUUUUAUAGAUGCCACUUUGCGCUUAUCAUGCCAGAGAUUAAGAAAAUCAUUUACAAGUGCAAUCAGAUCUUAUUACUCACACAGGAUGGCUGCGUUUAUCGCGGCAAAUGUAAUCAACUUAUUUUACCCGCUAGCGGUCAAGAGAAAUCCAAACGAAAUAUGGAUAUUUGGCAAAUUAUAUCAUUAUAUCAGAAUCGCACGGAAAUAUCACGUGAGCAUCAUGUGCGCAUUGAUUUGCAGCGUGUGCCAAAUAUAGAUCGCGCUGUGGACAUUUUCUGUGAUGAAAGCUUUGCCUCGUUUGCUGUGCUGCAGGAAUCGCAUUUAAAAUAUUUUCGCAAGCCCAUGCUGGCGCGCAGGGAGCACAGCUUUAAGAAACUUUACCACGACACAAGCGAUACGGAUGCAGUGCAUGAUAUUGUCUUUCAUGUGGAUGGUGAAUGCUUUGCUGCGCAUAAAUUUAUUGUAUUCAGUCGCGCAGCAGGCCUACGUGAGCUUAUUCGUGGCUAUGAGGAUAAGAAUAUUUAUUUAAAUUUUGACAAUUUGACGUGCAAAAUGUUUGAGCUGGUGUUGAAGCAUAUUUAUAAUAAUUAUUGGCCCAGGGAAGAUGAUAUUGAUUGCAUGCAGCAAAGCCUUGGCCCACAGCAUCCGCAGCAGCGCAUUGAAGUGUGCCAAAUGCUGCUUACACAUUUGGAAAAGUUUGGACUGGAAGAGCUGGCAAAAUAUGUGCAAAGCUACAUUAACGAGCAACAAUUUCCACUGCCCAGCAGACAACGCUUGCAACGCCUGCAACGCUCAGCUUACCCUGAGCUCUAUGAUGUCUGCAUUGUGUGUGAGGACAACAAAACGCUGGACGCACACAAAUGCAUUUUGGUAGCACGCUUGGAGUACUUUGAAAUGAUGUUUAUGCACAGCUGGGCGGAGCGCGCUACCGUCAACUUUGCCAGCGUGCCGCUGGAGUACAUGGAACCAGUACUGGAUUAUCUAUACAGCCUUGAUACGGAAGCUUUUUGCAAGCAAAACUACUCGGAAACGUUUCUGUACAAUAUGAUAACGCUUUGUGAUCAAUAUUUUAUUACAUCGCUGCAGCAUGUGUGCGAAUCUUUAAUAUUGGAUAAGAUAAGCAUACGCAAAUGCGGCGAGAUGUUGGACUUUGCUGUCAUGUACAAUUGUAAACUUCUGCUGCAGGGCUGUUUGGAUUUUAUAUGUCAGAAUCUUGCGCGUGUGCUUUGCUAUCGCAGCAUUGAGCAAUGCGAGGCGGUCACUUUGAAGCUAGUCAAUGAGCAUUAUAGAAAAAUGUUUAAAACUGUAUUCGACUAUAGACAGAUAACACCUUUUUCGGAGGCUAUUGAAGAUGAACUGCUGCUAAGCUUCGUAGAUGGCUGUGCAGUGGAUUUGGAUUAUCGUGCAGAUGCAGACGCCUUAAGCAAGCAAGCUGUGAAGCACAAGCAAAAGGAGCUGCACAAGCAGGAUGCGCGCCAUUAUGAGCAGCAAGCUAUAAGCAGCAUGAUGCGCACAUUGAGCGUUAGUGAGAGCACAAACAAUGAGACUGCUACAGCUGCUGCCCAUGCAACGUCAGCUGAUGCCAAAAGUUGGCUACGAGUGGUGGACAAAAAGGAUCAAAAACGCAAGCAGGCAGAAACUGCGCUUAAAGUUAAUAACAUUAUCAAACAGGAAGAGCCUGCAACGCCCACAUUGUCUGUUAUGUCGCCGCGUGCGUUCGUGGAGCGCACGCCACAAAAGGAACAAACACCGUCACUGCCCAAUACGCCGACUGAGGACAGCUCACCUUUAAGCAAAAGCUAUAAUCUGGAUUUAAGUUCGUUGCUGCCACAGUCACAGAAGCUAUCACAAAAGCAACGCAAGCGCUUAAGCUCAGAGUCGCAAAGCUGGCGUGCACCGCUGGAGCUGCCAAACACUCCUAUAGCUGUGCCCAAUGCUUGGGGCACUGUUGCCAGUCCAGAGAGCGCAGAGCCUUUGAGCUUUGAGCCUGCAGCCACAGGCAGCAGCAGCGAUCCCAGCUCGUUUGCCAAUAUGAUGCGUGGCCGCGACAGCUUCUCCAAAAUACAGGCCGAUGAGCGACGUCAACGCGAAAGCUACGAGCGCAUGCGCAACAAGUCACUGGUGCAUACACAAAUUGAGGAGACUGCCAUAUCAGAGCUGCGUGAGUUUUAUAAUGUAGAUAAUAUAGACGAUGAAACGAUUACCAUCGAGCGCAAGAGCAGACCCAGCGAUAUUAACUUUAGCACCUGGCUUAAGCAUUGAAGUUUUACAUUUAUAUUGUGUUGCUAUUGUGUAUUGUAUAUUUUGUUGCUAAUCGAUUUAUUUAAUUGUGCUUGUGCUUGGGAAUAAAGACAUGGC